ACAGGAAUGCAAGCCAUGUGACAACAGUAAUGGCGGACAUGAGAAGGCGCCACAACGACCAUGAGGACAGCAAAUCUAUAAGUAUAACCAGCGGAUAAGUGUUCUCAAAUAAUUGGACAUCAGACAGAUUUUCUUUUCCUGAUAUUACUACAUUCAUGGGAGAAAAAGAAGGAAGCUGCAGUGAUUUUAAACAUGAUUUUUGUAAUGACAAGGAUUGCACCGCGUAUGCUUCUGUCUUCUUUGAUGAAGAGAUAGAUGAACCCCUUAUGAAUCAUCAAAGUCUGAACCCCCAUCAGACAACCAGGCAGCAUCUAUGCAUUAUGCAGGCAACAUCAUCCAUACACCAUUCAGACGGCAUCCAAUUAAGCACCAUACCAUGCAAGCAACCAGACAUCGUCAAGGCACUACACCAAGCAACCAGACAUCAUCCAGGCACCAAACCAAGCAACUAGACAGCAUCCAGGUACCAUACCAAGCAACCGGACAUCAUCCAGGCACCAUACCAAACAACCAGACAGCAUCCAAGUACCAUACCAAACAACCAGACAGUAUCAAGGCUGCGCACCAAGCAACGAGACAUCAUCCAGGCACCACACUAAGCAAACAGACAUCAUCCAAGCACCAUACCAAGUAACUAGACAGCAUCCAGGUACCAUACCAAGCAACCGGACAUCAUCCAGCCACCAGUACACCAAGCAACCAGACAGCAUCCAGGCAAGCAACCAGACAUCAUCCAGGCAUCACACCAAGCAACUAGACAGAAUCCAGAUACCACACCUAGCAACCAUACAGCAUCCAGGCACCACACCAAGCAACCGAACAUCAUCCAGGCACCACACCAAGCAACCGGACAGCAAGCAACCGGACAUCAUCCAGGCACCACACCAAGCAACCGGACAUCAUCCAGGCACCACUAAGCAACCAGACAUCAUCCAGGCACCACACCAAGCAACCAGACAUCAUCCAGGCGCCACACCAAGCAGUGUUUUAAGAGUUGCGAUUGAUUGCAACUCUUUAUGCUAUGGGCCCCAGACAUCAUCCAGGCACCACACCAGGCACCACACUAAGCACACAAACAGCAUCCAGGUACCAUACCAAGCAACCAGACAUCAUCCAGGUACCACACCAAGCAACUAGACAGCAUCCAGGCACCAUACCAAGCAACCAGACAGCAUCCAGGUACCAUACCAAGCAACUAGACAGAAUCCAGAUACCACACCUAGCAACCAUACAGCAUCCAGGCACCACACCAAGCAACCGGACAUCAUCCAGGCACCACACCAAGCAACCGGACAUCAUCCAGGCACCACACCAAGCAACCAGACAUCAUCCAGGCACCACACCAAGCAACCGGACAUCAUCCAGGCAACACACCAAGCAACCAGACAACAUCCAGGUACCAUACCAAGCAACCAGACAUCAGCCAGGCACCACACCAAGCAACUAGACAGAAUCCAGAUACCACACCUAGCAACCAUACAGCAUCCAGGCACCACACCAAGCAACCGGACAUCAGCCAGGCACCACACUAAGCAACCAGACAUCAUCAAAGCACCACACCAAGCAACCAGACAUCAUCCAGGCACCACACCAAGCAACCGGACAUCAUCCAGGCACCACAACAAGCAACCAGACAUCAUCCAGGCACCACACCAAGCAACCAGACAUCAUCCAGGCACCACACCAAGCAACCAUACGUCAUCCAGGCGCCACACCAAGCAGUGUUUUAAGAGUUGCGAUUGAUUGCAACUCUUUAUGCUAUGGGCCCCAGACAUCAUCCAGGCACCACACCAGGCACCACACUAAGCACACAGACAGCAUCCAGGUACCAUACCAAGCAACCAGACAUCAUCCAGGUACCACACCAAGCAACUAGACAGCAUCCAGGCACCAUACCAAGCAACCAGACAGCAUCCAGGUACCAUACCAAGCAACUAGACAGAAUCCAGAUACCACACCUAGCAACCGGACAUCAUCCAGGCACCACACCAAGCAACCCAACAACAUCCAGGUACCAUACCAAGCAACUAGAUAGAAUCCAGAUACCACACCUAGCAACCAGACACCACACCAAGCAAUCAGACAGCAUCUAGGCACCACAACAAGCAACCAGACAGCAUCAGGCACCACAUCAAACUAACGAGGGUUCUGAUGAUCUUGAUGCAAUCAGUGGAGGUCUAACCAAUCCAUCUCUAAUAUGUCCCUGAAGCAGGAAAAACUGGGUAGGAAAAGGAAUAAAAGGGAGGAAAUCACAAAGGAGACCCUGAUGUUCCUUGAGCCGAUGAUGACCGCAGCACCAGUAUCUUGGUUCUCUCACUGGUCAGUGCUUGUUGCUUGACACAUGAAUAUGGUGAUCACCAUUGACCAUGACAGCCAAUAUUGUUGAUAGAGAACACAUCUAUUACUCAGGUAACAUUUGCUUUAUCCUCUUCAAAGAAUAUCAAAAAAUAGAUCAGGUUGGUGUUUCAUAAAGAUGUUCGUAAGUUACGAGCGAACCAUCAUACCUCAACUAAAACAACACCAUUGGAAAUCUGGUGUGCAUCAUUCACCACAAUUAAGAAAGGAUCACCAGUCGUAUGUUAACUCGCUCGUAUAACUUAAAGGUCAAGUCCACCCCAGGAAAAUGUAGAUCUGAAUAAAUAGAGAAGAAUUAAACUAGCAUAACACUGAAAAUUUCAUCAAAAUUGGAUGUAAAAUAAGGAAGUUAUGACAUUUCAAAGUUUUGCUUAUUUUUCGCAAAAUAGUGAUAUGCACAACUCAGUUGCAUGCAAAUGAGACAGACGAUGAUGUCCCUCACUCACUAUUUCUUUUGUUUUUUAUUGUUUGAAUUAUACAAUAUUUUAUUUUUUACAGAUUUGACGAUAAGAACCAACUUGACUGAACCAUAUAGUAUCAAACAAUGAUAAAUACCACAUGUUCAGGAAGGUAUCAUUCGUUGUAUCACUUGACAAUGAGGAGAAAAUUAGAAUAUUUCAUAUUUCAUAUAAUAAAAUACAAAAGAAAUAGUGAUUGAGUGACAUCAAUUCCCUCAUUUGCAAACCGACCAGGAUGUGCAUAUUACUGCUUUGUGAAAUUAAGCGAAACUUUAAAAUAUAAUUUCUUUCUUAUUUUACAUCCGAUUUUGAUGAAAGUUUCAGUGUUAUCCUUGUUGGAUAUUUCUCUUUUUAUUCAAAUCAACUUUUUGUUGGGGUGGACUUGUCCUUUAACAUUCAGAUUGGGAUCAUCUCUGGCAUUAAUUGGUUUGAUUUCGUACUCCCGUGCCCCGUGAUUUAAUGAAAAUGUAUAUCUUAUUUUGGAUGCUUUGAAAAGUAUGACGAGGAGUUGUGUACUACUAGGUGUGGGCCAACCGGCCAAGAAACCUUUUUUUCUUUGUUUGUUAAUAAUGAAUUGUAAUGAUUCCCCUUUCAGGUGUUGAUGAUUACUAUUGUUUGGACCAAUCCUCAUUGAUUAUACAAUGUAAACAUAAUCUGGUGAACGCCUUCAGAAAUGAAAUGAAUGAAUAGAUGAAUUAAUACAAUGUGAAUAAAUGGAUGAAUAAGUAAUUGAAUAGACCGAUAAAUAGUAAAUGAUGAACGAAUAGAUGAAUUAAUACAAUGUGAAAAUGGAUGAAUAAUUAAAUGAAUAGAUAAUGAAUAAAUAGAUCGAUAGCUAGAUAAUGAAAAUAAAUAAAACAAUGGAUGAAUUUGAUAAAUAAAUUAACUGAUUAAUCAAUAUUCAAAGAAUCAAAUGAGCAGAUGAAUGAAAUUAAUGAAUACAUGAAACCAUGAACAGACAAAUAAUAGAGUAUAGUAUUUCAUAUGCCUUUUCAUACAGGCAAAUCGGUUGCUCUUUUGUACCAUGCAGUAAUGUAUGAUUCUUGAUUCUUUAGUCUGCUUACUUUCUUGGCGGUAGUAAUCUUCAUCGCCGUGUAGUUUCGUAUAGUUCACAAGAUAAAUGCAGAAAUAUAGAAAAUAAGUAGAACAUACUGCCCCAACGAAAAUUCAGAUAGAAAAUGAAAACUGCGUUGGAGACAAAAAUUGAAAUAGAUCUGGGAUCGGUUUCAUAUGAAACUUGUUAUAAUAACAAAUUUGCAUUAACAGUUAAAAGCUACUGAAAUCCUUCAAUCUGAUUGGAUGAUAGUGAACUAUUGUAGAAAUUUUGCAUUUGUUAUUAUAACAAUGUUUUUAUGAAAUGGAAUCCUGAUCGUUAAGGGAGUAAAGUUCAUUUUCUGGCAAAGACAUGGAUAUUUCUUCUUCUUUUUUUUAGGUACUCCGUAAUGAUGUAUUUCUGAAAUGUUUUAUUAAUGUAUUAGAUACAUAUAUCAUUCUUCUGAAUGGUAAUGAUAUCUGUAUCGGCUUUAAGGGGCAGCAAACUGACAAACACUCCAUUGACUGUACGAUGUAAUUACGAAUUACUGCCUGUAUGAAUACAUCCAGAAGUGAUUUUAGCAUGUUAUGAUAUUAAGUGGACCUAUGUAUGGGUUGUUUUACAAUCAGGGUAUACCGAGAUGUCUCAUUUGACUAAAAAAAAAGUUGCCCUUUCCCCCUCAAUUAUAAUGUGUGUGUUGUAAACAAGUGAUGAUAAUCAUUUCAAAUUGUGUGGCAUGUCAGCCACAUUUAUUCUUUUUUUUUUUUUUUUAGGGAUUCAAUCUUUUAAUUACAUGUUCUGCCAAUUGCUUCAUUUUUAGGAGAGGACACUUUGGAACAUUGGAACUUCUGGAAAAUAAGUGGAUGUGGGGUAAAUUAACAUUCUCAGUUUGUUGCAUCCAUACAAGUGUUCAUAUACACACACACACCCACACACACACAAAAUUUUAAUCAAAUAAUGGAUUAUCUAAUUAUAAUAAAAUUUAAUUUAAUAUUUCAUUUCAAAAAUCAAUUCUGAUUGGAAAAAACAAUACCUAUGCCUAAUGAUCACUAAUUAUAAAGAUGUGAGGGCUCGAAAUUGGAAAAAACAAAAUUAGACUAAUUAUGGCCCUAAAAUUCCAGAUAUGGUCACUUCUGAGAAGUAAAUGUGUAUUUCAAAAUUCCAAUAAUGGAAAAGGUUCUCUUGCAGGUUGUUCAAACAGCGUCUAACAGAUUUGAGAUUGCAAUUCAAUUAUUUCUUAUGAUGCACAGAUUGAAUUGUUUUCAAGGUAUACUCUGACUGUAAAACAACCCAUAACAAGAAUAAAAUGCUUAUUAUGGGUUUUGAACUGGGUUAGAUUUGAGUAGUUGAAGACUCUAGGUGGUGCAAUUAAGGCUGCUAGUUCGUAUCUGCUUAAGGUUAUCAAAAAUAAGUUUUGUUAAGAAAUUAUGUAUAUUAUUUGAAAUUUGAUUUUUCUUUUGUAUUUCCCCAAAUCGUCUAGGCAAAAUAACGAAUUUUAAAUCAUUAUCAGAGGAAUUCAUCGGUAAAUCGGUCUACCGUAUUCUACCUUAUUUCUUAAGUGCUCUUGAAAAAUCUGAACUACAAGUAUCUCUGCAAAUAAUGUAUGUUUGCAAAUUACAUUAUUGGCCUAAAUUUUUUAUUUAUUUUGCCUGGACGAUUGAUUAUUAAAUGAUCAUAUUA